AACCAGUGGUCAAGGAUCGCUCCCAUGAAAAAAAGACGACUCAGUGCAAGUGCGGCUGUGCUGAAUGACAAAAUAUACGUCGCUGGUGGAAAUAAUUGUAACGGUUUUCUAAACUCGGUGGAAGUUUACAACCCGGACACCGACCAGUGGACGUUCGUUGCACCAAUGCAUUCUGGGCGUUCCAAUUUUUCUUGCGUCGCGUUCCACGGCUGUCUGUACGCCCUAGGAGGAGACGACGAGACAUCAGACGAGCUCAGUGCCGAAAAGUAUGACCCUGCAAAAGACACGUGGACCAUGAUCGCUGGCAUGAACUUCUAUGCAGAUUACUGCAACGCAGAAGUGAUCGACGACACGAUCUUUGUCAUCGGUGGAGGUUGCAAGGGGGAAGCCGACUUCUGUGUCAAAUGUUACAAUGACAAGGAAGAUAAAUGGUACCUGGCGGCAGACAUGAAUGUUUGUAGAUACGCUCCGUCGACUUGUGUCAUCAAGAACCUGCCAAAUGCAAGCGAUUACGCCUACAAACAAAAAGACAAAUUAAUGGAGGAGAGACGUAAAAAAACGUCCAAUUGGGAAAAUCAGUAGUUUGCAGUUGAUUACAACCACGACGAACACAUUAAUUUUAAUUACUUUCCUUACUAAAAUAAUGUAGAAAUCUGGGAAUUGAUGUUGGAGCUACAGAAAAAAAUAAAGGAGAAUAUUGUUUGCAGCAAAGAAAGAAAAA